AUGCACGCCCGCACUACCACAACGACCACGACCUGCUCCAUGCACAACAAUGGCGUGCGGCGCCCAGUUCAGAAGUACCAGGUGGCCAUCAUCGGAUCCGGGAACUGGGGUAGCGCUAUAGCCAAGGUGGCCGGCGAGAAUGUGGCCCAGCAACCCGAACUCUUCGAGCCUCAAGUUAAAAUGUGGAUGCAAAAUCGAGACUUGGCGGACAUCGUCAACACCCGGCACGAGAACACCAAGUACCUGCCAGGCAUAAAGCUGCCCACCAACGUGAUUGCCGUGCCCGACCUGCUGGCGACGUACGUGGAAGAGACGUGCAGGAAGCUCCGGGGCCACCUCCGACCCGACGCCAAGGCUGUAUCGCUCAUCAAAGGCAUGUCCGUGGAGGACGGCGAACCGCAACUCAUCUCCGAGCUCAUCAAUGGCAAGUUAUCUCCCUUCUCCCCAAAAACCCAACCCACGCCAGGGGGAAGCCUGCUUGACAUCGACGUGAGCGUCCUCUGCGGAGCCAACAUUGCGAGCGAAGUCGCCAAAGGCGGGUUCAGUGAGGCCACCAUCGGGUACAAGGACAGACAGGCGGGAGAAGUUUGGCGGAAGCUGUUCCACAACCCGACCUUCCGAAUCAACACGGUGGACGACGUUGCGGGAGUUGAAGUGUGCGGCGCUCUCAAAAACGUGGUGGCGCUGGGUGCUGGUUUCUGCGACGGCCUGGGAUUGUCCUCGAACACGAAGGCAGCUGUGAUUCGAUGCGGCCUGGCUGAGAUGCGAAAGUUUGCCCAGACCUUCUUCAGCGACAUCAACAUGCAGACCUUCUUCGAAAGCUGCGGCGUGGCUGAUCUGAUCGUCACCUGCUUCAGCGGGAGGAACCGUAAGGUGUCAGAGGCCUUCGUGGUCACAAAGAAGAGCUUCGAGGCGCUCGAGAAGGACAUCCUCAACGGACAAAAGCUGCAGGGCACCCUCACAGCUCAAGAAGCCCACGAGGUCCUGGAGAAGAAGGGACUCACCGACGAGUACGAAUCCCCCUCUUCCUUCGCACGGUUCCCGCUGUUCCGGACCAUCUACCAGAUCGCGUUCGAAGGCUUGGCGCCCUCACACAUCACCGCCUUCUGA